AUGUCGAAACCCCAUGACAUGAUGUCCAAUUCUGCCCUGCUGGCCAAUCCGGGACCGUCUUCCUCCUCCCAACAAGUUGGCAUAAUCGACCUCGUCAUUGGUGGCGAAGCAUAUUGGGAUCUUCACACGGGCAAGAAACUUUCCCUGGGUCCUGGCUUGCCCUACUUCAUCGAAACUCAUUUCGGUUGGACCUUAUGUGGCUUGACAUCACCAGAAUUUGUCGGGUCAGUAGCUUGUCAACUAUCCAGUUCUGACGCCCAACUGGAUGCAACUCUCCAAAGGUUUUGGGAAAUUGAGACGGUUCCCAAACAAUCCGUACACUCUGCUUCCGAAAAGAUUUGUAAAGCAUUCUACGCUAAAACCACGUCCAGAGAUCCAAGUGGGCGAUACAUCGUUCGCCUACCCAGAAUAGAAAAUCCCCAAAUCGAAUUGGGAGAGUCAGAGUUGAUUGCAGAGCGUCGAUUCCUCGCUUUAGAACGCCGUCUAGAGCGAGAUCCCAACAUCAAGUUUGCCUACCAUCAGUUUAUGGAUGAUUACGAGCGUCUUGGGCAUAUGAGACGGCUCGAUGAACCGGUUGAUAAUACCAAGCUGCACUGUUACCUUCCCCACCAUCCGGUAGUUAAGCUCUCAAGUACCACCACGAAGACUGGGGUAGUAUUUGAUGCUUCGUGUCAAACAACGUCAGGCAGUACACUCAAUGACAUUCUCCUUGUCGGACCGGUCGUUCAAGACGAUCUUUUGUCGCUCGUUACUAGAUUCUGUUUCCACCGCAUCGCCCUAAAUGGGGACAUCGAAAAGAUGUACCGGCAAGUACUCCUUCAUGAAGAAGACCAACCACUGCAGAGCGCAUCAAAUGGCGUAGUAAUCCAUCCGACCCGAUAA